CGUUUGUUCAUAAUUCCCGACACUCGCUAAGUUACAUCAUUUGGCAGGAAGACGUUUUACAACGAAGACAAAUUUAAAAACUUCUUACGAAAAGAUGUCUUUGCCAUCUCCCAUGAGUGACAACGACUAUGACAACAUUGACAAAACUCCUUCUACAGCAGUACUUGAAGAAGCUCCCAGUCCCAACACGAGUGACUUUAAAAAUACGUUUUUAACCAAAGGUUGCAAAAUUAAAGAUUGUGUGCAUGAAAAAUUGAAAAGUUUUUCUUGGCUUUGUGGCAAAUAUGGCAUAGCCUAUCCGAACGAUGACAUGCCUUAUCUUCAUUUGUACCUCGAAGUGGACAAUAAAAUGACAGGGAUUAAUUAGAAAGCAGAAAUCAAUAAGGUUUUUGAUGGCAAUGCUUUAGAAUACAUUGAAUUACGUUUUGUCGACUCAUCAGACGAAAAAAUAAUUCGACCACUAUCCAACAUGGUUCACUCAAAGCGCGAUGAUGAGCCUAAUGAAGAAUCCCGUGGCACGUUGACUCUGUUCAGCUGUAAAGAUGGAAAACAUUACGCGUUGACUUGUCUUCAUGUUGGAUAUGGAAAAGUUCCGAAAGGUGCCGAUCAAUUCUUUUACAUUCGAGACAAAAUUGAAAAUGAUAAAUUGGCAUUUGAGAAAUUUCUACUAAAAAAUAAGUACUCUUAUACUCAUGAAAACAGCAUAAAAAUACCUCUUGGUGAGCUAUUUCAUUACUCAUUUGAUCUUGAAACCGACAUCACGGCAAUCUUAAUUGAUGACAAAGAAAAUGAAUUUACUGCGGCUGAAAUAGAGAUGCCCAGCUCUCUUGUUACUGUGUAUGAUAAUUUGUCAUCAAAGGCAAAUGAAAAAGUUUAUAAAGUUGGCGACGAGUCGGGCUUGAACGAAAUCGCUGACCUCAGUCGUAGCGUUUUUGACAACAACAAGAAAAAAGUGUUUCGUGAUGUAGUGGCAGUAAAGAGUGAUAACGAAUUCCUCCGGCCUGGAGAUUCUGGUUGCCUGGUGUAUUAUUAUGAUGAGAACAACAAAAAGAUACCAUUUGCGUAUGGAGUUGCUGCAGUGACCAAGAAAAACGAGACGUAUUAUGUUUGCAUGAGAUUGGAAGAUGGUUUGAAAAAUUUGGGACUUCUCGAAAAUGUCUCCUUCAAAGACUUUUCAGUUCAUGAAUUGUUGCGUCAACCAUGGAAAUGUUUUGAUAAAUCAAUAAUGCAUCAGGAAAAGUUUAAAAAUAUGGAGGAAUAUGGACGCAAACAUCCAGAAAAAGUUACACUGCUCAGUGAAUUGCGUGUAAUCUUCAAGAAGGAGUUUUUGCUUGGCAAGGGAAGUGAUGGAACCCGUGUUUACCUUGCCCUGGGAAAUAAUGGUUAUGGAAAAGCAGUAAAGCGAAUACAUAAAGAUAGCGGCAAAGACUUUGCAAAUCGAGAAAAAGAAAUUUUGAAUGAGUUGAAUGCAAAGCGCUCAAAUUGUGUUGUGAAUUUUUGGGAUUUAGAAGAGAACCUUGACGAAGAAUAUUUGUACAUGAUAAUGGAUUUGUGUGAAGAAUCGUUAGAGAGAUUUGUGAAAUCUUCUUCUUUGCAAGAUCUUCAAAAAGUCGUUCCUAAAGUUCUUAUUCAGAUCUUAAAUGGUCUAGUUCACCUUCACAGCGGUGAGCGUCCUAUUCUUCAUCGGGAUUUGAGACCCUCGAACGUUCUUCGAGAUGUACAAGGAAAUUUUUUAAUCGCUGACUUUGGUAUAAAUCAUAUGUUAUCUGAUGUAACUUCGACACAUCAAAGCAGACAGAGAGGAGCUAAAUAUUGGAUAGCUCCAGAGUCAUAUGACGCAUCAUAUGAUAGAAUUUAUAAAGUUCGUUACAAAAGAGAGUCUGACAUUAUGAAUGCCGGAAUGGUGGCUUAUUAUGUUGCAACAAAGGGGAAACAUCCUUUUGGAGCUGAACGGUUUUUACUGGACAACUUAUUAAAUGGAAACGCAGUUGGCUUGGACCAAAUCAAGGAUGCCACGCUCAAAGACCUUUUAUCGUGGAUGCUACAGCUAAAACCGGAAGACAGACCAUUGGCCAACGAAGCGUUAAAACACCCUUAUCUACAAAGCGAUAAGGAGAAUUUCGAUUUUCUGUGUGAUGUUGGGAAUGAACCAGAAAUAAAGACAUCAUCUCCACAUUCUCUUCCCUCAAAUCUUCGUGAGCAGUUGAAUCUUUCAAUAAAUUGGAUGGACCGUAUCGAUCCUGAAUUCUUUAAUCAUUUCAAUAAAGUAUCCGACUCUACAUGGUUAGGUUGCCUAAGAUUUUUACGAAACGUUCGCCAGCAUUGGCAUGAUAAACCUCGUCCACAACUGUCAUCAUGUGUUAAAGAUGGAAACUAUCAAGAGUAUUUUCUUCAACUUUUUGAGGAACUGCCUUAUCUAGUUCACAGAGCCAUAAGAUUGAGUAACUGGAAGGCAAGACCUGAUCUAGAGAAACAUUUUCCAAGUAAGACACAGAAAUGAGUUUUCAUUUUUGAUGGCCAAGCUAUAAAUUAGGGGUCCGUGACACUAUAUUUGUUAUUUUCA